CCGCUAAAGCUAUAAAUAGAAACAACCUUCGAAUAUCAUUUCCUACUGAAAUAAUUGAUAGAUGAUCACGAAACUUUGUGGCAUUCUUAGGUAGUCUUUUAUCAAGUUUGCUCAUAACAAUUUGAUUAGCCCUGUUUAAGCUAUUGCUUUAAUACCCACCCAAGGUCAUGGAAUUUCUUCAAAUUAUUGUUUAAACAUAUUCUAUGCUCAAAUUUAAUAUGAGAAUAUAUUGACAUAAAAAAACACUGAAAAGCAGUUGUUUCUGGUGAGCGACUCAGGGCCAUUAUGGCCCUCAUGUUUGACUUACCUGCAGCUGAUGCUAUAUACCACCAGCAGUGUAAUAUUAACUUUAGGACAGGAAAGAGCAUUCCGAAGUCAUACCAGACGGUAAAUUGUGACAAAGCUGCAUUAAGAAGUCCAGGUCGACCAGAACAAAAAGAACAGAAAGAUGCUUUUGAAAAGAUGGACGGCGAAUUUCACAACUUAGUUCCAUAUAAUGUGCCAGUAUGGGCACAACAUCUACAAAACAUCCCUACAUGUUUUGUCAAACUUUCAAAUUUGAACACCCCAGUACAUAAAUGGAAUAUUCCUGGUUUACCAGAUGAUGUUCAAUUAUUUAUAAAAAGAGAUGACCUUACUGGGGCCGAACUGUCUGGAAAUAAGGUUCGAGCGCUACAGAUCCUUUUUGCCGAAGCUCUUGAAGAAGGAGCAACACAUGUUGUCACAGGGGGCGGACCUCAGUCCGGACAUUGUCGAGCAGUUUCCCUUAUCUGCCGGUCACUGGGUUUAAAACCUCACAUUGUAAUUGACCGAGUUGAGAAAAAAGAAGAUCUCGUGGCUAUGGGUAAUAUAUUGUUAUACAGAAUGGCAGGAAGUCAAAUUUAUGUCACACCACUGGAAAGUUACACGUCCCUUAAACGAAGAAUCGGGAGGAUGCAGCACUUUAUAAGCGAUGCAUACAAAGAAAAGUGCUACUGUAUACCUUCUGGAGGGGCGACCGGUAAAGCGGUUUAUGCAUUUAUCACGUUAUUUGAGGAACUUCUUCAACAGGGUCUACAUGAACGAUUUGACGAUAUAGUAUUAACAGUCGGGACCGGCGGCACCUCUUUGGGUGUAGCAGUGGCGAACUCUUUGACAGGGUCUUAACUCAGG